AUGGGUGGUGUUACCGUUCGAGACGUCGACGCGCAGAAAUUCAUCACAGAAUAUGCAGCAUUCUUGAAGAAACAGGGAAAGCUCCAAAUACCAGGUUGGGUCGACACCGUCAAGACCUCUCACUCCAAUGAACUUCCUCCCCAAUCUGCCGACUGGUUCUACGUCCGAGCCGCCGCUGUUGCCCGACACGUCUACCUUCGAAAAUCUGUUGGUGUAGGCCGGCUCCGAAAAGUCCACGGCAGCACAAAGAACCGUGGUUCAAGACCCUCACACCAUGUGGAUGCCUCCGGCGCCGUUGACCGAAAAGUGAUGCAAGCUCUUGAGAAAAUCGGAAUCCUGGAGAAGGUUGAGGACAGUGAAGAGGGCGGCGCGAAGGGUGGGCGAAGAAUCACGACGGCUGGUGCACGAGAUUUAGACCGAAUUGCGCUCACUGCGCUGGAAGGCGAGGAGGAAGAUGAUGAGUAG